GCCAAGAUCGAGUCACCCGGCGGGGAAAACUAUUGGUAGAUGGUAGAUGGUCCUGUUUCACUCAUAAGACGACCUUCCAGAUUCCAUCAUGACGAGGAAUGUGAGAGAAAACAUCUCCCGACUGAUCCCUGACCCCGGCCAAUCUGCUGUAUUACCAAAGGAUGGGGAAACAAACAUCCUGAUCACAUCCGCCUUACCUUACUGCAACAAUGUGCCUCACCUAGGAAACAUCAUCGGUAGUGUACUCAGUGCCGAUGUCUUCAGCCGGUACAACAGAGCGCGAAAUCGCAGAACACUUUACAUCUGUGGCACUGACGAGUACGGCACUGCAUCGGAAACCGCGGCUCUCAAAGAAGGCGUCACCCCAAGGGAACUUUGUGAUAAAUAUCAUGCUGUACAUAAAGAAACAUACGAGUGGUUUGACAUUGGUUUCGACCUCUUCGGACGGACCUCUACCCCUUACCACACUGAAAUUUGCCAAUCAGUAUACCUCAACCUUGGGAAGAACGAUUAUCUAGAGAAACAAGUUAAAGAUCAGACAUACUGCGAUGGCUGUGCCAAGUUCUUGGCCGACCGAUAUGUAGAGGGAAUAUGUCCCCACUGUGGUUUUCCUGAUGCUAGAGGGGAUCAGUGCGACGGCUGCAGUCGCACACUCGAUGCUAUUGACCUUAUAGAACCACGUUGCUUGCUUGACAAGUCUCACAAGGUCGUGACACGUUCCUCGUCUCACAUGUAUUUCAAGCUUGAUACCAUCCAACCUCGACUAGAAGAGUGGAUCAAGGAAUCGUAUAAAGAAGGGAAAUGGUCACCAAAUGCGACGAUUAAUACGGAAGGAGAGAUCGUCGAUGCACGAGUCAAGACCGGUUUGCGUCCGACACCAGUUACACGAGACCUCACAUGGGGUGUGCCCAUCCCUCCCCUAGGUCGCGAGGAUGACAAAGAGAUGGACGGCAAGGUUCUCUAUGUCUGGUUUGAUGCCGUGAAUGGCUACGCAAGCAUAACCGCCAACUAUACCCCUGAAUGGCGACAAUGGUGGCAUAACCCAGAGAACGUCAAACUAUACCAGUUUAUGGGCAAGGACAACGUAUAUUUCCAUACCAUCUACUUCCCUGGCAUGCUUCUAGCCGAUGGUGGACACUGGACCAUGCUUCACCAUGUUUCAACUACAGAAUAUCUGAAUUAUGAAGGUGGAAAGUUCUCCAAAAGCAAGAACCGCGGUGUAUUCGGCCCCCAAGCAAAGGAGACCGGUAUCCCGGCAUCCGUUUGGCGGUAUUAUCUUCUUGCCACACGCCCGGAAACCCAGGAUGCCAUGUUUUCCUGGGCGGAUUGCAUUGCUGCAAACAAUAACGUUUUGCUAAAAAACUUCGGAAACUUUGUCAACCGAGCUCUUAAAUUCGUAUCGUCACAGUACAACGGCAUCAUCCCUGAGAGCAGCGACGAGCCUGGCCCCCUCAGUCCAAACGAUCCCCUUGACAGCGAGUUUAUCAAUGAAGUAAACGCCCUUCUCAAAGAAUAUGUCGAUGCAUUGGAGAGUGUCAAGAUCCGUCUUGGCUUACAAAUCGCCAUGCUCGUCUCAAACCGUGGUAAUGGAUACUUACAAGCAGCAGGGCUCAACAAGAUGUUUUUGGCGGAGAAUCCUCAACGUUGCGCGCAAGUUGUUUCGCGUGCUGUGAAUCUCAUCUAUGUGUUGUCGGCAUUGAUAUAUCCGUAUAUGCCCAGUACGUCAGAAGCCAUCUUGGAGCAGCUCAAUGCACCUGCGCGUGUCAUUCCCGAAGUGCUCUCCACGGAUAUAUUAGGCGGACAUCACAUCGGAAAACCGGACCAUUUGUUCAAACCCAUAGAUGAGAAGAUGGAGGCGGUGUGGAAGGGAAAGUUCGAAGGCAGCGGGGGAGUGAGUCAGGAGGCUCCUGCACCUAAGCGCAAGCCCAAGAAGGCAACAGCGGACAAUGCGAGGGUGAAUGGUGUCAAAGAGAACGGGCCGAAGUCAGAGGAAGCCCUCGCUUUGGAAGCCAGGAUCCUCGAGCACGGGCAGUAUGUGCGCUCGCUGAAGGAGAAAAAGGAAGCAAAGGAGGUGAUUGAUGCCGCGGUUGUCGAAUUAAAGAAACUAAAAACGGAGCUGGCUGCUUUGGAGAAGGCCUGAAGUGGUUGCAUCUUCAUCUUCCUCGAACUCACGAGUGCUUGUAGUUUUAUAAUACGCCGUGAAAGUGACGGUACCGGUUUGCACCCCAUGUCGACACGACGAUAAAUAUUGUCGGGCAGCUAAAUUAUUGGUACAUGUGGUCCACAGGAGAAGUGCUUCACGCUGGUCAGCUCUUGCAAAUAACUUGAAUAUGGUAGGGACUGUUAAGAGGCACUAAUUAGAGACACCUCCACAGUAAAGUAAGGAUAGUAAUAAGGAGCGAAACAGUAGUCAAGUUGACGUCUGCCAUCCCCUUGGGGGACUCCCAG